GAGCUUUAGAACGUUGUUUGCAAUAGCGGAAAGCGGUAGCGAGGCAGAGACACGGUGAUAGUUUAACAGAAAAGAGUGCAAGAUGCAAGAAUAGCCGAGUUCGAGCCAGUGGAGCCAUAAUUAAUAGAGGAAUUAUCGAAAUAACCCCGGAGUCGGCGCCCCAAAGAGAUCCAUCACCAUUGUUGAGAAAUAAAACACAAUUAUUGGCUGGGCAGCAGUAAAACAUCAUCAUCAAAUUUACCUAGCACACACCGUGAACAUUUAAUGAGAAAACGCCGAACGGGUUGGCCAAAAUGUGAAAAUCCAAAUCCAACAAAACAAAUUGCUCAGAAUCAAAUGAUUGAUAUAUGUAGCAGCGCAACCCAACGCUAAAUCGGCUACAAAACCAGCUCAUUUUAAUCAAAUAUGGGAAAAAUAAAUAUAGAAUAAAUAUAUACAUAUAUAUAUAUAUAUAUAUAUAUAUAUGCUGAAAGCGAAAGCGUAAGGAGAAAAGAUCAUAAAAUACAUAUUUUAUGACAUUUUUUUGCAUAUUUUUUUUACUGUUUGGCCAAAAAAAAUAAACUGAGUGUGUUCAUAAAGCAGUACAAUGUAAAAUUAAACGGAAAUUAAUACGCAAGGAUAACAAAUAAAUAACUAGUUAAACGACUGUUUCAAUGGAUUCGAGUGAAUUUUCUGAAAUUCCGUAGCACCAAAGGACAUCGCAUGCUCAGAACUUACGGCGGAUUUUGAUGCAUUUUAAUCCUGCUGCGGUUGUUUUCAAUAGCCGUUGUGGCACACGUUCCAAAGUGUGAAUAUUAGAUUCGAAUUUAAAAUAACUAUCCUGUUACCUUGCUUGUUUUCCGAGCUUCCUUGAGUCGAGUCGAGUCGCGUGGAUCGGAGUGGAGUCGAGUCAAGUGAGUUCGUGUGAUGAAUGCACAAUCCCAGCUGAGUCUGAAAGCCAUUAAUAACCUAGCCUCAGGCGCACUGUAGCCAACCCAAUCGGUUAUAUCGCCAGUCGGUCAAGAAGGCCAAACCACUGCCACUGACAACAGCAACAACACAGCAGAGUUGCAACAUUGCAACAUAGCAACAGAGAAACAGAGAAACAGAGAAACUCAGCAAGCCCGAGGAUAAAUGUUCGGCUGAUGCGAUGGUUUAGCAAAAGGAUUACUGCAAAUCAAUUCAAGGCCUGCGGCUGCCACAGAUAAACACUACAGGAGGGAAGUUAACUAACAACUAACGACUAACAAACGGAUAUUUUUAAGUACCAUAUGAAGGCAGUUUUCUAUAAAUUAUUACUGGAAGGACGUAGGAGAGAAAACUAAGACUUAGAAGUGGGGCUGGAUUCGACAACUUCACUUUUGAUCACAACAUUGCAGCCGCCGUCAUGUGGAUACAAAUCGCCUAUUUAAUUCCCAUCAUUGCUCAGCUGUGCACCUUCGUCACAUCUGCAGGUGAAGCAGAUUACACACUAGAUGAUUCAUUUUGGAAUGAAGAAAGUCCUGUUGGUGAGGUGGAACGUUUACUUAAGGAAUACAGGCAAAAUCAAGAGCUUGUCCGUCGAAUUGGUGGCCAUUAUUACCAGAUUAUAUAUCCAGUACAGCUGCGCCAUCACGAGAAGAUGGGCAUUUCCACGCGAGAAGUCAGUCUCCCGAAGCCGGGACAAAGACCACGACCUCACGACGACAGUGGAUUUAACAGAGGAAGAACAAAGAAACACUUCCAUCGUACAUCGCUGCUAAUUAAAGCAUUUAAUCACAAAUUUCGUUUGGACUUGGAGCUCAAUUCGCAACUUCUUUCUCCAAACAUACAACAGAAACACUACCACGUGGGUGGAUAUCUUGUGGACGGAAACCGACAUGAUAUCGAACACUGCUACUACCAUGGGACCGUGAAGGAUUAUCCCGGAGCCAGUGCAGCCUUCCACACCUGCAACGGAGUGAGUGGCGUCAUCCACAUUGGGAACGAGACCUUUGUCAUUCACCCCUUCUACGGCGGGGAUCUCUCGAAACACCCGCACGUGAUCUUCGAGGCGCGGACCAAGGCGAACAAGGGAUGCGCCAACUCGGGCAACCUGGACUCGUGGCGCCUCUCCCGGCGCACCAAGCACCUGUCCGCCGGAGUGGCCGGCGUCGUCGAGGAGAUCCUGCAGGCGGGGGUGGGGCGGAACAAGCGGGACGUCCGGGAGGCCACCAAGUACAUUGAGACGGCCAUCAUUGUGGACAAGGCCAUGUUCGACAAGCGGAAUGGCAGCACGCGGGCGGAGGUCAUCCACGAUGCCAUACAGGUGGCCAACAUAGCCGAUCUGUAUUUUCGCACCCUCAACACCCGUGUGUCGGUUGUGUACAUCGAGACCUGGGGAAAAAACCAGGCGGUUAUCGAUGGCAGCAAGGAUAUAAGCAAGGCGAUAUCCAGCUUCAACGACUACACCUCGAGGAAUCUGUUCCAAAUUGAGCGAGACACCACGCAAUUGCUCACUGGGGAGACAUUUGCUGGGGGCGAGGCCGGCAUGGCCGUGCCCGAAACUGUUUGCACGCCCCGUGCUGUGGGCAUCAGCGUGGACGUGAACGUGUACGAGCCACACCUCCUCGCGGGCACAAUGGCCCACAUGAUUGGCCAUAACAUCGGCAUGGGACACGACGACGGACGCGAGGAGUGCUUCUGCCGCGACUGGCACGGCUGCAUCAUGGCCCAGUCGAUUGUGGGCCAGGAGAAUGUGCAGCCCUACAAGUUCUCGGAGUGCAGCAAAAAAGAUUACAUUGACGCAUUGCGGACUGGCCACGGGCUGUGUCUGCUCAACAAACCGAACGAGAUCGAGUUGCGCCGAAACUGCGGAAAUAAGGUGGUUGAGGAGGAUGAGGAGUGCGACUGCGGCACCUUCGAGGAGUGUUCCCUGGAUCCCUGCUGCGAUGGCAUCACCUGCAAACUAAAAUCGGAGGCACAAUGUGCCAGUGGGGCAUGCUGUGACCAAUGCCGCCUGCGCCCAAAGGACACAAUUUGUCGUGACUCCAAUAAUGAGUGCGAUCUGCCUGAAUACUGCGAUGGCGAAAUUGGCCAAUGUCCUUCUGAUAUUUAUAAGAAAAACGGAUCCCCAUGCGGACACACCAAGACUGGCGUUUCAGGUUACUGUUUUCAAGGAUAUUGUCCCACGCUGAGUUUGCAGUGUGAGGCAAUUUGGGGUUACGGCGGAUCCGCUGCGGAUCGUCAGUGCUACGAGCAGUUCAAUUCCAAAGGCUCAAUCAACGGACACUGUGGACGGGAUGCCAAUGAGCACUACAUUAAGUGCGAGCCCGAGAACGUCCAGUGCGGUACACUGCAGUGCAAGGACGGCGAACGACAACCAGUCAACGAUGGCAUCGACCAGCUCUACUCGCGAACCAUCAUCUCGAUCAAGGGACAGGAAUUCGAAUGCAAGGCGACCAGCGGGCAGGUGGGUUCCAACAGCUACCCAGAGCACGGCCUGGUCAAGGAUGGGACUCCGUGCGGCGAUAGUCUGAUCUGCCUGAACCAGACGUGUGUCAGUCUCUUUCCCCACGUGGAUCAGACCAAGUGCCCGGCGAAUUCGCAGGGUCAAGAGUGCUCAGAACAUGGUGUCUGCACGAACUCAAACCGCUGCUUCUGCGAUAUGGGAUGGGGCGGCAACGACUGCAGUGCCGUGGUACUGCUCACCACGGCAGUGCCCACCGAAGCAGUGCCAACUUCGGAGAACACCAUCAAGAUGGAAAAGAAAGAAACCCCAUAUGAGAACUACCACGGCUCAAAUACAGUGUUCCUAGUCGGUGUUCUAAUGUCAGUUGUAGGGUUCGUUUUUAUAACAUUCACCUUGAUGGCAUUGUGCUACAGGUCAGUUGUAGUACAUAGAAACUUCUCCCUGUGUCUAAGGCGCAAGACAACUACGCUAAAGUACGAUCCGCCCUACUCGAAGAAACCGAUUGCCAAAAGUUACGGUGGAGCUGCGACGGCCCCCAAUCACCAUUCCGUUGAAGAGGUCUCCUUGGAUGGAUCCAGUAAAUUAGUCUAUGCCAAUCAGACUGGCUUCAGGGACAAGGGAAUUCAUGGAAGACGCUACACGACAUGUGGCGAGGACGACCAGUCACAUGCAGAGAAGGGUAUAUUAAAGAAGCACGGCUACGGUCUGGUGCACGGUGAGCAGCUAAAAGAUAAAUGGGGCGAUGACAAUCAGUCGGACAACCUCGAGCUUAUAACCCAAGACGGCACCCUGGCCUCGACAAGCGGCGGAGCAGCGGCCUCGGAGGUGGAGCGCACGCUGAAGUCCCUCAACGGCUAUCACGAGGACAUCCUGGAGGCGCUCCGGAACGCGGCCACCCACCGCGGCACCGGCACUGGCAACACGCCCGUCGGCAGUGGCAGCCUCAGCGAGGAGAUGUUGCGCAAGACGCUGCAGGACUGCAGCAACUCCCAGCUGGGCUACUCCGCCGAGCAGUACAAGCGGAACAUCGGGUCCAAGUCGAGUUCGCGGGAGAACAUCUGCGACAAUGCGGCCGUGCACGCGAUCAUCCUCGACGGCAGCGGAGCGGGACUCGGCGGCAUGGGACUCGGAUCGAGUGUGGGUGCCGCCGGGGGCGGAUCGGCCACCAUUUCGGGGGGUAUACCGCACGGGAGCACGCUGCUCCACCACCAUCGAUCGCAGCACCAGCUGCACCAGCCGUCGGCGAUACCCUUGCAGCCGCAGCAGCUGGACGAUGAUGACGCACCAUCGACGGGACCGCUGCGCAUACGCAAUCUGGAGGACCUCAUCCGACAGCUGGAGCACCACUCGUCGCGGCACAUGAGCCCCAGCGGCUCCGAGGAUAUACGCAUGUCGGAAACAGAAGCCGAUCGCCACUAUAGAUUAGAAAGUUCCGCAGCUUGUAGUGAGUCAUCUCAAGGCUCCAAUCAGCAAAUACCACAAUCUCAGAAAACCGCUACAAUUCAUGCGUCUUACAGCAGAAGCUGUCGUCCCCGUUCCGAUGAGGAGUCUCGGUUCACGUUCGCCGGACGCUACCGCCAGCCGGCAUCUUCUGGACGACACGCGCCGCACCAGUCCCACUCACCGCACGCAUUCGGGCACCACACGCACCACUCCCACGCCCACGGACAUGCCACGCACGGUCCGCACUCGUCGCACCACUCAUCGCACACCCAUUUGCAGCAGGAGGACGAGGGCAUCUACGAGACCGCCGACCACCACGAACGCAACGUGGUUGACGCCCGGCUAGACUGCCACGAGACACCAGAUAGCGAAAGUGAUGACUUUAUUCAAGCUCAACAACAGUUAGCCCGGUGGGCGAGUGAGGAUGUGGUAUCCGUCGUGGUAUUGGACCAGCCGCCAUCCGGUACAAUGUCGGAUUCCCAACCAUACAUCGACGUCGGACCCAUUUCGGGGGCUAUAUCGAACAGCGUACUCCACCACCAGCAUCCGCAUCAGCACCACGGCGAUCAUCAAUCCUCCGCAGCGGCAGCGGCGGCGGCGGCGACGGUGGCCAGCAAUUCCAUAAUGGCUUUGCCAGUCGUCCCAAAUGGUAUAAGUGUAAGUCAGAGGGACUAUUAUCCAUCCCCACCCUCAACGGAAACGGAAAGCAGUGGAAGUGUUAUCCAGCCGCCCAUACGUCGCGCUUUGCAGUCGGCAGACACAGCGGCAGUAAGUCAGCAGCAGCAGCAGCUCCUCCAGCUGCCAAUUUAUCAGCAGCAUCCGCAUCAGCAUCAGCAUCCGCAUCAGCUUCAGCAGCAAUCAGGCGAUACCAGCAGCAGCAACAACAGUCAGUCCGAACAAGUCAUCGAGAAUGGCUGCUACCCGGAAUAUAAGCAUUGAUGUUGAAUCAGUUUCACGCAUGGAUCAACAAUCAGCAUCAGGAUCAGGAUCAGCAUCUGCAUCAGGAUCUGCAUCUGCAUCAGCAUCAGCAUCUGCCACGCCCACUCACAUGUGCCCGGAGCCAGCGCGCAGCUAGCUUUCUCUCUAAUAAUGAAAUUUGUAUCGACCUUUAUGAUUACUUUAGCAUAGUUCAAUACGUUGCUCGUGUAUAAGCACAUAAAUAAAUUUAAGCUAAGUAGUUAAGUAACUAUAUGUAAAUGUGAAAAAACUAGUUAACGUAAAUGAAGAGAAGCAAAACAAAGAGGAAAACUUAACAAGCAACAAAAAUGUGUAUUCUUAUGUGUGAGUGGUAAAUACAUAGCCAUACUUUAUUCAUAGAUUAAAACAUAAAACAAUUUAUUAAGUGAGUACAUCCCAAUUGAUAUUCAUAGUCGUGCAUACGUAUAGUGAAGAUACAUUAACGAAAUAAAAAUAAAAAUUGGGAAAUAUUUACAUAUUUUUUGCAUACCUCGGACCAAGCAAUGCCAACGUUCGAGUAGGAAAACUUUCACAAAAUAAAAACACGCAGCUGUAAAUAUAAAAAAUUAAUAUUUAUGCUAGUUAGUAAAUUAUACGAUCCUUUGCAGGACGUGUAGAGAACUUGAACAUUUCGAUGGUCACGGAUAAGCGGCAGGAAAAAUACAAUUGUGCACUGGGCCCAGCCCGGGCUUUAAAAACCCCCUUAUUGGGGCAAUCUUACACCGACUGAUAGAAAAUUUUGGGCUAUAUUGCCAGUUCUCGUUCAAUAAUCUUAAAAAAAAAAAAACAAAACGCUAUAUACAUAAUUAAUUAAUAAUUCAAGAAAAUGGAAAAAAUUAAAUCGGAAAUAUAAAUAUCUGUAUGGUUAAAGUAUGAAUAUGAUCAACAUAAAAUUAAGGACAAUGCUAAUGUUAAUUUAUCGGUUUUGAAACAUCAGUAAUAUAUCGUAUUGUACCGUAAAUUAAGCCAUUUAGAAUGAAACGUACGAAUUAAAUUAUUUUCCAGCUUUA